GAGCUAUUCACGCAGCAGCGGGCUUCUUUCCGCCGUAUACAACCCAAAUACGGCCAUCGCAUCCUACGGGUUACCAAUCACAGCUGUACCGAGCCAAAUCCGCAAACGCCGUGUUGCGGAGAAGCAGGCACGAUUGAGGGGUAACAGAUGGGUGCGCUGACGUCUGGCGGACAGCGGUGGUGGUCGGCCUAGAUGCGAGCUGAUUGGUGAUCGGCGUGUCGGCUAUAUGGACUAGGUGGGGUUCACGCGCAGAUGUCAUUGAUCCCUGGAGCCUCAAAAGGGCGAAUGUGUUCCGGUUGUUUUCGUGGGGAUUCUUCGAUUCCGUGUUCGUUAUAUAGAAACUCGAGUGGAACUGCAGGCAAAAUGGGUUCAGCACAAAAGUACGAGCUGCCGUUCAAGCUCCAAAACCCCGAACUUCUUCACAACCAGUCGUGUGUAGGAGGGGAAUGGAAAGAUGCAAAGUCUGGAAAGACAUUCGAAGUUGUUGACCCCGGUACCGGAAAGGCAUGGAUCGAGUGCCCAACAAACGAUGCAUCAGAUGUCGACGCAGCCGUCAAGAACUCCCACGAAGCUUUCCUCAAGUACAAGAAGGUCAGCCCGCGCCAAAGAGCACAGUGGCUGUACAAGUGGGACCAGUUGAUCCGCGAGAACAAGGAAGACAUUGCCACCAUCCUCGUCUACGAGACCGGAAAACCUCGCUCUGAGGCCUACGGCGAGAUCGACUACUCAACUGGCUUCACAUGGUGGUUUGCCGGAGAGGCAGAGCGCAUUCAGGGCAGCAACUUCAUCCCCGCAUUACCGAACCGCCGUAUCUUCACAAUCAAGCAGCCAGCAGGUGUUGCUGCCGCACUUGUCCCAUGGAACUUCCCAAUCGCUAUGAUUCUGCGGAAGGCUGGCGCCGCUCUUGCUGCGGGAUGCACAAUGAUCGUCAAGCCCAGUCCAGAGACGCCCAUUACCGUCCUCGCAUUGGCCCAUCUUGCGCUCAAGGCCGGCUUCCCCGAGGGAGCGCUCAAUGUGCUGACCACGGAUCUCGACAAGACACCCGAGCUCAGUGAAGCGCUCUGCCGCCACCCGCUCAUUGCCAAGGUCACAUUUACUGGCUCGACGAGAGUUGGAAAGCUGGUUGCAAAGAUCUGCUCGGAUAAUCUGAAGAAGGUGACUCUGGAGCUGGGAGGAAACUGCCCAGUUCUCAUCUUCGACGAUGCGAACAUUGAGCAAGCGCUGUCUCAGAUUUUUGCACUGAAGUACCGUCACGCGGGUCAAGCUUGCAUCACAGCAAACCGCAUCUACGUCCAGUCCGGCAUUUUCGACAAGUUCCUCGAGCGAUGGAAUGCCGAAACAGACAAAAUCGUUGUUGGCCAUGGCUCCGACGAGAAGACGACAAUGGGCCCGGUCACAACAGCUCGCGGUGCUCAGAAGGCCCUCGAGCUGGUCGAAGACGCGAAGAAGAAGGGCGCAAAGAUCCACAAAGGUGGUAACAGGAUCGACAACAAGGGAGGGUACUUCUUCGAGCCGACCGUGAUCACUGGCGUGACUCCGGACAUGGACGUUGCGAACGAGGAGAUGUUCUCGCCGAUUUGCACGUUCAUCAAGUUCGAGACAGAAGAGGAGGCGGUCAAGAAGGCAAAUGAUACUUCUAUGGGCCUUGCUUCUUACCUGUUCACCAAGAAUGUUGAUCGCAUGUGGAGGCUGUUCGAGAGCCUCGAGGCUGGCAUGAUCGGUCUGAACACAGGAAACUCAUCGGCGGCCGAAUCACCAUUUGGAGGCAUCAAGCAGAGCGGCUACGGCAAGGAGUCUGGAAAGGAUGUGGCUGUGAACGAGUAUCUGAUAACGAAGACGGGUACCUUUACUCUGGAGGAGAAUUCUUGAGUGGUCAGAUAGGCAACAGCUGAACCGUUGAUACGUCGUACAUGAUGCAAACAAACUCGAC